AUGGCGGAUGAACUUCCUGGAUAUACUGAGUUCGGCACUGGCACUUUCAAGACCGAGCACGAGUUCUACAUCAGGAAUAACAAAGCGAAGCCUUGGCUGACUCUAAGGCUACGCAGCCGCGCGACUGAGACGAAGUUUCUGCCUGUCUACUGCGACGGUGACUCGGUGACGGGCGAGGUGGUGUUGGAUUUGGAGAGCGACGAGAAGACCAAGGGGAUCUCUUUCACGUUGCGUGGUAGCAUCACAGAGACUGGGCAGGACGAGGAGUUCUUCCUGGAGAAGGUCGUGGACUUGUGGAAGCCGCCAGACGGAGCGUCGUCGGGCGUGAUCAAGAAGGGUCACCACUCUAUACUGAUAUCUGUCCCUAUACCAUCGCAUGGAACGAACCCGCGCGACCGUCAACAAAGCUUUGUGCUUCCACCAACCUUCUCCGAACGUGCCAGCCCUGCGUACAUCAGCUAUCAGGUGUCUGUAAGCCUGAAGAAGGGUGGUUUCACUCCGAACCGAAAGCUCGCAUCAGGGAUUGCAUUCCUACCUCGCAAAGUAGCUGGAAGGCCCUCGCCAAUGCGGGCUUUGGCUUACGAGAAGGGUACCGAACUGGCCGGGCCGUCCGAGGAUCCUACCGGCUGGAACGUACUCCCUUCUGUCACUGUGGAAGGCAAGCUCUACAACGAUCGGUCGGUCACCGUGGAGUACAUCCUUUCAGUGGCCGAGCCUAUGACCUUCCCAUCAAAUUCGCCGCUACCUGUGUUCUUAACUCUGAAGAGCACGGAUAAGCAAGCACUUGACCUGCUUUCAGUGGCGCCCGACGUCCGUCUCGUUCGCACCGUAGCGAUAGGCGGUCCUUCAACUGAACGUCGCAGCAACAACACUUUCGUAAACGCGGUCGCGAGGGCCAGCUUCUGGCCCCGCGAGAAGCAAGGCGGCGAGCACGAGCGUAUCCUCCAAGGAGAAGUAUCUAUACCCAAAGGCGCGAAACAGAGCUUCGUCGCGAACAAGGUAUCGCUAUCUUACAACCUCCUGCUCAUGCAACCGAAGCUGCCUGGAUUCGAACCCACGUCUACACCAGGCGGUGCCAUCGUGUCACAACCUAUCGAAGUCGUAUCUUCAUCGGUGCCGGGAGUACAAGUGCGGUCGUUCCUCCCGCCGGGAUACCAGGAGCCGGAAGCGUACGAGAACUUCAAUAUCGCUACAGGUCUCCUGGAGAACGGCAACUUCCGUUUCUUGCACCACGCUGGUGUAGGAAGUGCUGCUGGUGGAUUAGGAUAA